AUGGGAUCAAGUACAACAAAGAAUAAAGUUGUAAAUUUGUAGCAGGAUUAGUCAGUAGAGCUUAAUCCUAUGUGUUAGGAAUAAGAUCUAGAAAAAUCAAAUUAGGAGAAAUAAACCCCCAAAAAAAGCGGAACUUCUCUAUGUUUAAAAAGACUCGUUACUGUAAUUGUCUCUGUUGCUUUACUAAUAGAACCUAUUUAUUCUACCUACAUCUCUUACAAGGCAUAUAAUAAUUUUAACAAUUUAAGCGACCAAAUUAAAACAGAAGUUACUGAUAGAUAUACUCAACUGAUGAUUUUAGAUAUUUCUGUUUCCUCUUCUUGUAAUGCAGAGUGGGAUACUUUAUUCUUAUGGAUGUUCUAGGGAGCUAAUAUUAGGUGUGAUUGCAGAGGAAAAUUAGGUGACAAUAUAACUCUUGAUUUUUGUUCUCCUGAUCAAGAAGCAGCUGGUUGCAUUCAAUUUAAUUUUAUUAAUGAAAAAGUCUUGUCCUUAUAUCCUUCAGGACCUAAAAACGAUAAUUCGACAUAAAUUUGCGUUAAGUAAUAUGUUGGAGGACCUACUUUUUCAACUAUAAAAUCUUGGAGUUAGAAUUGUCCUAGUGGAUAAAGAUUAUGCGGAGGUUCUUCUAUUGAGAGUUCAGUAUGCAUAGAUAGUUCUUAACUAUGCCCAAUCAAUUCUAUAGUUGUUUAGCCUACAAAUCCGGAUCCAACAAUCUAUCUUGAGCAAUAAUAGUACAAUUCAACUCAUAACAUUUAUUAUAGUAGAACUAGUAAUAACUUGCCUAUAAACUACUAUAAAGUUACAUCAGGUGAGGGUCCUUGCUACAAUAUAACUUAGGAAAAUACCUAUUAAGGUAGAGUUGACCCUUUCAAUUUUAAAGUACAGAGAUCUCCUUGUGAAGUAGAUCCUAGAUGGUAAAGGGUAGCUGAAGUUGGAGAAUAUUCUUAUUUUGUUGCUAGUGGGAUAGACCCUCCAACAUACUUCAAGGAAGUGUGGAGUUUCUACUAAAUAAGUGACAUAUAUAGAUAUGGUUUCUAUGUUUCUCACUACCCAGAUUGGAAAUUCAAUAAUAGAAAUCUUAUAAGCUAAGUAACUGAUUUUGUAAAUAAUAGAGAUAGUAUUAUGACCUAUUAAACAACCCUUUUAUAUCUGAACGUAGCUAACCUUGUUUUAAAUGGUUUAUUUGCUUUCUACUUAACAUAUAUAUUAAUAAAAAAAAUGAGUGAAGAGGAGUAAGAUAAAUUGGUCUAGUGGAAAGACUAUUACAAUAACUUGAUUAAGAUUGGAUAGCUAGCUGUGUGCAUUUUUUAGGUCCUUUCAAUUGAAGACUAUUUAUAAACAUUUAAGUAGUGCACAGUCAACUUAGUUUCAGACGAAAGGACAAAUAAAAUUUUGCUAUCUGUUUAUACUUAUAUGGAUACCUAAGUUUAUGAAGCAGAUAAAAAGCUAAUCAUAAGUACUGCUGCAGGUUUUGCAGUGGCCAUACUUGGAUUUUUAUUCAAUCUCUAUUAAAAAAGAAAGAAACAAAAAGAAGAAGAGUAAUAAUAAGAAUGA